CGCUGCUGCGCAUUCUCCUGCACUCUCAUUUCCUUGUCCACCAAAAAAACCAAAAAAAAAAAAAGAAAAAAAAAACUACUCUUAUUUGAUCAUUUCUCUUGCAUUAUACAUCCUUCUCCUCAAUUCCAACAUUGAUUUAUUUGGCUUUAAUUUGUCUCCAGUUGUUCACUUCUUUCCUCUCUAGUUUUGGAUUUAGCCUUUCACUUCCACCGUUUUCACCCUUUCAUUCACUUUGUAUCUCUACUUUUGUUGCCUUCUUCUAGGAGAUGACUGACUUUUGUUGUGGUGUUGCUCAGAAUGCUCUUGGGAAUGUUGCUGGGAACGAGGUUGGUCGAAUUUUGAAGGUAACCUUAAAUCCGAUCAUUCUUGUCUUCAAGAUGAAGGCUAAUGUUGAUAAUCUGCAGCAACAAGUUGCUAAGCUCAAGGAAGAAAUAGACCUCGUGGAGCACUACACUCUAGCUGUUGAAAGAGGAGGGGAAGAGAUCGUACAGAAGCUCAAGAAUUGGCUGGAUGGAGCAGGCGAGUUUAUUGAAGUGGCAAACACAAUAGAGGAUGAUGAAGAAAAGGCAAAGAAGAAGUGUUUCUUUGGGACGUGUCUUAACCCCCUGUCUCGUUACAAACUCAGCAAGAAGGCGCUGAAGGAUUCCAAAGAUAUUGCUGAUCUUGUAGGAAGAGCUCGUGAAUUCAAUCUUCAACCUUCCUACCUUCCUAUUCCGCACCGGGAAUUGGCAACACCUGUCAAGGGUUUUCAGGAGUUUGAGUCGAGAAUGGAUGUACUGGAUGAGAUCAUGAAGGCAUUAAAAAGUCCAAGAAUCAACAAAAUAGGACUGCAUGGGAUGCCAGGUAUCGGGAAGACGAUGCUGCUCAAAGAAGUUAAAAGAAAAACCGAGCAAGAGAAGUUGUUUGAUGCAGUAGUUAUGGUUUCUGUAACAAAGAAAGAACCAGACUACAGAAAAAUUCAAGAGGACAUAGCAUAUGACUUGGAUCUAGAGCUUCCUGUUGGGAUUGGACAUCGGAGUGUUGCCGAUCGGCUUAGAGCAAGAUUUUUGAAAAAGAGGAAGGUUCUCGUGAUUUUGGAUGACAUAUGGGACAAACUAGAUUUGGAGGCACUUGGUAUUCCCUUUGAAGACCAGCAGAAAAUGAAUCUUGAAACUGGCUCAUCAUCCACAGAAGAUCAACAAAUGAAAUGCAAGAUCUUAUUGUCUUCUAGAGAGUUUAACGUCCUGAAAACUGACAUGGCCACUCAAAAGGAGAUUCCAGUUGGCAAAUUGAAAGAUCAAGAAGCGUGGCAACUGUUUAAGAAGAUAGUUGGUGACAGGGCUGAAAGUAGUGAGUUGCACCCUACAAGCACUGAUAUUGUCACAGAAUGUAAGGGGUUACCCCUUGCUAUUGCAGCACUAGCGGAAGCUUUGAAAGAUAAGAGUUUGUACGAAUGGAGGAGUGCCCUACAAAAACUAAGACAUCCCUCCCCAAGCAACUUCUUCGGAAUAAAUGCAGCAGUUUAUACUGCUAUUGAGGUGAGUUACAAUCAUUUGGAAAGUGAUUUGCUUAAGCGGACUUUCUUACUUUCUAGUUUUAUGGGUCACAAUGCUUCAAUUCAAGACUUGUUGAAGUAUGGUGUAGGCUUAGGCUUAUUCUCACAAUCUAACACCAUGGAGGAUGCAUGGGAUGAAGUAUUAACAUUAAUAAGUAAGCUGAAAGCUUCUUCUUUGUUGAUCGAUGGAUCUAACAGUAGCCGCUUUGAUGUUCAAGAUGUUAUUCGUGAUGUAGCUGUAUCAAUAGCCUGCAGGGAUUGUCAUGGCUUGUUCUUAGAAGAUGACCAUUUCCCCAUAGAGUGGUCAGAUCAGGAGGCAACGAAAGGUUUUGAAUGGCUUUCUCUCCAACAUGUUACUAUUGAGGAGCUUCCUGAUGAGUUAGAAAGUCCUCAGCUUACUUUCUUUCGUUUGUGUAAUAAAAAUCCUUCGCUGAAAAUUCCAGCAACCUUCUUCAAGGGAAAGCAAAGCCUCAAGGUAUUGGACUUGACUCAUAUGGAAAUGCCAUCCCUACCUUCAUCAAUUUGCCUCCUAAAGAACCUCUAUACAUUAUGUUUGGAUCACAGCGUAUUAGGAGACUUACGCAUUAUUGGAGAGCUGAAGAAUUUAAAAAUUCUAAGCCUUUUGAGGUCUGAUAUUAAAAUGCUCCCAAGGGAAAUUGGACAGUUGACUCAGUUAAAGUUGUUAGAUUUGAGUGGCUGCACUAAACUUAAAGUUAUUCUGCCGCGUGUCUUGGCAAGUAUGUCCAGAUUAGAAGAAUUGUACCUGGGAAACAGCUUCAACGGAUGGGAGCAUGAAGAGCAGGAAAAUCAACGAAAUGCUAGCCUUGCUGAGCUGAAGCAGUUGAAGAAAUUGACUGCUUUGGAGGUACAUAUUCGUGAUGUUAAGAUGAUCCCAGAAGACUUGUCUUUUGAAAAGCUAGAAAGAUACAAAAUAUUCAUUGCAGAUGCUUGGAACAAUUGGGAUAGUUCUCCUGAAAGCUCAACAAUAUUGAAGCUGCAGCUGAGGGCAUCCAUACGUUUUGACUCUUCACUUAAACAGUUGUUGAAGAUGUCUGAAGAGCUACAUCUAGAGGAGUUGAAGGGCGUUAAAAACAUACUUUAUGAGUUAGAUAGUGAAGGUUUUCAAGAAUUGAAGUAUCUUCAUAUUCACAAUGCUCCAGAUAUUCAAUGUAUCAUCAUGAAGUCGGCGAGGCCUUGCAAUGCAUUUCCAAUCUUGGAAUUCUUAUGUAUUCGCAAUUUGGUUAAUUUGGAGAAGAUAUGUUAUGACCAGCUCAGAACAUCAUCUUUUUGCAGGUUAAAAAUAGUAAAUGUUGACUGUUGUAAUCAGCUGAAGAAGUUGUUCUCAUUCUCAACAGCAAGACAGCUUUUCCAACUUGAAGCAAUUGCAGUAAGAGAUUGUAGAAACAUGGUAAAGAUUGUUGAUGAAGAAGGGAAAGAGGAAGUUGGGGAUAUUGUUGAAGCAACUGAUGAAAUGGUUGAGCUUGGCCGAUUGAAUACCUUGGCACUAAAAAAUCUACCGAAGUUCAUUAGCUUCAGCCAAGAAAAUGAUACAAGCUUGAGUCAUGUUCCACUCUUCAGUGAGAAGUUUGUGUUUCCAUACUUGAAGAAGUUGCUACUAUCAUGGAUUAAAAUUACAACCAUGUGGCAUACUUCAGCUGCAUCUUACUCCACUCAAAACCUUACAGAACUUAUUAUUGAGGGUUGUGAUAAUUUAGAACACUUAUUCACAUCCUCUAUGGCUAGAGGUCUGGUGAAGCUUAGACACGUCACAAUAAAUCAAUGCAAGAAUAUGAGAGAGAUUAUUGUGACAGAGAAUGUGGAAGAAAUGGAGAUUUCCUUCCCCGAGUUGGAUUUCUUGCAAAUAGAAAACCUUCAAAACCUUAUCGGAAUCUACCCAGGAAAUUGCAUCAUGGCAUUCCCAUCCUUGAAGCAAUUGACCAUAAAAAACUGUCCAAAAUUGAAGGAGUUCACGGUUAAAUCUAUGAGUACAGAUAUAGCCACUGACAUAAAGCCUCUCUUCAAUGAACAGUUUGCAUUUCAUUUCCAGCUUGGAGGCCUGUCUAUCUCCUACUUGAAAAACUUCCAGAUCUUAUGCCAUGGAAAACUCUCUAUUCGUUCCUUUCUUGGCAAACUAAGAUCAUUGAGAAAUGUUAAAAGUUUUGAGCAUCUUGAAUCACUGACAAUUCAAAACUGCAAGAUGAUGGAAGGGGUAAUAGUGGCAGAAGGAUUAACAGAAGAAGAAAGGAGGAACAAGAUAUUGUUCCCUAAUUUGCAAGCCCUGGUACUUGAAGGCCUUUCGAAACUCACAAGAUUCUGUCCUGAAAAUUGCAUUGAAUUCCCUAAGCUUACACGACUUCAAAUAGGCAAAUGCCCUAUGUUGAAGACAUUUAGUCCUGUUAUUGAAGACAUUGCAGUCAGUAGUGAGAAAGCAGAAAACACCUAUGCGCCACCUUUCUUCAAUGAAAAGGUAACAUUCCCUCAAAUAGAGGACCUAAUCAUCUAUUGGAUGGAGAGUUUGAACAAGAUAUGGGCUGAUCGACUUGACGGGGAUUCCUUUGGCAAACUAAAAACCAUUGGUAUAGGUCGCUGUGAAAUGCUAGUGACCAUUCUCCCAUUUAGUAUGCUGGAAAGACUUCAGAGACUAGACGAACUGUGUAUUCUCGGAUGUGAUUCACUAGAAGAAAUAGUUGAAGCACCCAGUGCUAGCCAUUCACAAGCUCUGGUAGCCACUCAGCCAACGUUGGUGGAAACUAACACCAAGGUCGUAUUUUCGGAGUUGACAGAACUGAGGCUUGACAGGCUACCCAAGCUCAAGGGUUUCUGCCAUCGAAUGCAUAUUAAAUGCCCAUCUCUGAAAUUAUUAGAAGUUUCUGAAUGCGAGCAAGUGCAGGUAUUUGCUUCGGAAUUUCCAAGUGUCCAAAGAAUCGAAGGAGAUGUUCAACUUGAAAUUCAAAUUCAAUGUCCUCUUUUCUCGAUCAGCAAGGUACAGUCUGUAGAAACACUGCAUGUUGGGAUGCAUUUUUAGAUUUCAAGUUCCAGUAAAGCUUUCUCUCUUGAAGUCCACCUUUUUCGGUCAUUAGACGCUGCACUGGUUCUAAAAUGCAUUAUUAGAUUAAAAAAAUACUGGAGUAUUAUUUGUUAACUUGAAUUAAGGUAAUCAACUGAAAGCUUAAAAUUUCAUUUCUUUUUGUCUUUUGUUAUGCUCCCUCCGCAAUAAUUUAGGUUAUGCUUAACAUGAUUUUGAUUUUUAGUUUUAUUUUUUUAAUAAAUUUUGUAAUUUUUA